AUGGCGAGUGAAGGUUGCGAAAGUCCUGCGACCCUUCGAAGGAGGGCAGCCCACAGCAGGUGGGGCAUGUUGCGCGGCGUGAUUUACACCUUCAGAGAAUAUUGUCAUCACUCGUCGCUGCACGGCCUCAAGUACCUGACGGACGAGCGGCGACACCCGGUGGACAAGUUGUACUGGCUGGUGGCGUUCAUCAGCGGGCUCAGCCUCAGCUACUUCUUCAUCGUGGCCAUCUGGAGCAAGUGGGAGGAAAACCCGAUCAUCGUCUCGCUGGACACGACGGCCGCCAUCAUCAACGACAUCCCCUUUCCGGCCGUCACCAUCUGCAACAUGAACAAGAUGAAACGAUCGGCUGUCGAGAAACUCACACUCAGGUUCAGGUCGGGAGAGAGAAACGCGCAUAACAAGCAGCUGUUAAGGAGCAUGAAGGACGUCAUCAGGUGGCGCUCCAAGACGGCGUCAGGCUCCUUCUUUUCCAACGGCAGUGACGCGGCCAUCGACGCCCUCGUCACGCAGGACACCACCCUGGCGCCCGAUAACCUCAGCGACGAGGACGUCACUGGGCAGAACAUGGCUGAUUUCAUGAAACAGGUGACGCCAUCGUGCAGGGACAUGCUGAAGUACUGCCGCUGGGACAGCGUCGUGGAAAAUUGCGAAUCGCUUUUCCAGGAAGUUACUUCUGACGAUGGUUUAUGCUGUGCCUUCAACACUUUGCCAGAAGCACUCAUAAGACGACCAUUGAGUGGAGAAACGGAUAAUUAUACCGAGCAUUGGACUCCAGAGAUAGGAUACGUGCGAGAAAACGACACUUUUCCCAAAAGAGGGGCUGCGCCUGGUGUUUCUGCAGGGCUCACUUUGCUGCUUGACGUUCAGAUGGAGGAGUAUUUUCUGCCACGCUCAGGCUCCGUUGGAUUCAAGGUUUUGCUGCACAGUCCGACGGACGUGCCUGCCGUGAAGGAGUUUGGGUUCGCCGUGUCCCCGGGGGCCGAGAGCUUCAUUUCAGUGCGUCCGUCGCAGGUGUACUCGACGCGGCAGAUCCGGUCGCUGAACCAAAGCCGGCGCAAGUGUUACUUCGAGGAGGAGCGGCCGCUCGCCUUCUUCCGCAUCUACAGCGUGUCCAGCUGCGUGGCCGAGUGUCUGGCGAACGCGACGCAGCGCAAGUGCCGUUGCCGCGAGCACUUCAUGCCCGCCGCAAACGACUCGGUCCGCGUCUGCGGCUUCCUCGACACCAUCAACUGUGUCAAGGACAUCGGCGACGUGAUUUCGGGCAGCUCGAACCGCAAAUUGUGCGACUGCCAGCCUGCGUGCACCGAACUCAGCUACAGCCACGAAUUGUCGUCGACGCGGUUUCCGACCUCAAACGACCUGGGCACCAACACCCUGGACAACCUGAGAAACGCCAUCCAGCACAACGAAUCGUUCGAAUCAUUUGUAAAGAACCACGCCCUGGUGCACGUGUUCCUCAGGGACUACAAGGUGAUGCGGUACAAACGGGCGCGCAUGUACGACAUUCUGGAUUUCACAGCCAACCUGGGCGGGCUGCUCAGUUUGUGCCUCGGGUUCAGCUUCCUCAGCGCGGCCGAAAUCAUUUACUUCGCCUGCAUGCGGUGCGGAUUCCUCAGCCGAAGAAGAUGA